AUGGGAGUGUGUGUGCACGAGGGCCAAUUGCACGCCCUGACCGAGUACAUAAACAGGGGUAGCCUCGAGCAGCUGAUAAUGUCCCGGCACGUAGAGCUGCCCCAUCAAAAGCGAAUGAAAUUGGCCCGCGACACGGCCUGCGGCAUGGCGUACCUGCACAGCCGGGGCCUCUUUCACCGGGACCUUACCUCGAAGAACGUCCUCGUGCGCUGCUAUCCCCGGGACGACGACGGCACGGAACAGCUCACCGCCGUAGUCGGGGACUUUGGCCUUGCAGCCAAGAUACCAGAUCCGAGCACCGGGUACAGACUUAGCACCGUAGGCAGUCCCUACUGGAUGUCACCCGAGUGCCUCAAGGGCCAAUGGUACGAUCACAGAUCUGACGUGUUUUCUUUCGGCAUCGUCGUAUGCGAGCUCAUAGGCAGAGUACCCGCUGAUCCGGACGUCCUGCCCAGAUCCGACAAUUUUGGCCUCGACUACCUGGCCGUAGCCGAGAUAUGCGCCGCCGCCGAUCCACCCCCGGCCUUUCUCCAGCUCGCCUUUCACUGCUGCACAUACGAGCCGCGGUCGCGACCAACCUUCCCGGAAAUCGUUCUGACCCUCGACGCCUUGAUCGCGAAUCACGAGGACGAGACAAAGACAGUGGUGGGCAAGCGGCAGUCGGUAGACCAGGAUAUGCUCAUGUCCAGCAUAAACACAGGGAUGAUGCGCAUGAUCGCGGGUGCCCGGAGCCGAGAACCGAGGCAGUUGGGUCGACGCCAAGCCCCGGCCACCAAGCCUCGCAGUCGCUCGGCCGACGCCCGAGCCACCUCUCCGCCCUCCUCCUCGUUCUCUACGUCGACCACCUCCUCCUCGUCCUCCAACGCCACCUCGUCCUGUCGCUGCUGCUGCGUCACGGGCAACAACCACCCGACCCCAAGCGACAAGGCGCGCUGCCACUCGGCCAGACGGGUCGCCGAGCUCGCCAGUAGACGCGACCCCCAUUACCGGCCCAUGACCGCCAAUCCCUUCCACGCCCUCGGCGGCGUCAAGAAGAUACUCGGUGACCUAUUCUCGAGCUGCCUGGAACUACCCUCGCUCGAGGACCCCACCAGACCAUCGGUCCCGGGUAGCACUGGCACUCCCAACAACCGUCCCAGGGGAACAGCGCAGCAGCAGCAACGGCCAUCCAACGACGACAACGCGAGUAUCCUGGUCCGCAAGAAGCCGAGCUCCGAGCCGAGCAGCCCCACCGCCCGCAAAAAAUGGGAAAAAAAGGUCGCGGCGACAAAGGUAGGGGCGGCGACGAGCUUGUUCGCUCAUCCUCUGUUCCGGGACGGUGGGGGCUGGGAGCCACGGCGCAGGGGCAGCUGCGAGUCGGGUUUUUGGAGCUGCGUUGGGGAAGAUCUGAGCCCGGAGCCACCGGCCAAUCACAGGCGCCACGCCUCGACGACCUUGAGCAGCUCGGCCGCCAGCAGUCUGUUUCUUCUGGACGACCACCGGACGAGUUCCAUCUACACGGACUCGAGCGAGGACAUUGCGAGCUUGGGGGGCAACGACUCGGCGACCUACUGCUGUGGCUGGGAGGAGCGGUUCGACAGGUGCGGCUGGGGACCCACGCACAGCAAGACCAUCGCCAAGAUCGUCGAGUACUUUGAGCGCAAGCACCAGGCCCCCGGGGCCGCCGCGGCCGCUGCUGCCGUUGCCAGGCUCCAGAUGAUGCAGCACUCGUCGGUGACCGUGCAAGCUGCUGCCGACUGCCCCCCGAGUCGGAUAGCCUUGCUGAGGGCGAGGCUCGAGGGCUCGGCGCCCCUCAGUAGUAUCAGCGCUGCUCAGAGGCUCGUUGUUUGCGAGGGCGCGGUGCGCAGCAAAUUGCCGCUAUUUGACAAAAAGUGACCACUGGCCGCGAGGGAGCUUCAACAAUUGAGGGCCCCGGCGAGCCGGUGAGCCACUUCUUACUGUUAUUGUACCGUCGACGACCGGAAUGCCGGUGACGAUGAUGAUUUCGCCUGAGCUCCUCUGUGCAAUGUUGUUUUGUUUCACGAUCCCCUCCCUGGGAUAGGGUAUAUUACGUUGGGUAAAUAUAUACAUAUACAUAUAUACGUUGAUCGGAUAAUAUUGUAACCUGAGUCGUAUUAUGAUUCAAGAGUAUCAACUUUCCUGUCAAUAACUUUGAAUAGCACACAAUUGCGCAACGAUCAUUUAGUUUCUGAACAGACUUUUGUUGUUUGGAAAAGAAAAAAAAAAAACUUAUUUUCGA